ACUACCUAUUUGAUUGGCCCAAUAACUUAAACCGAUUUCACAACAUUGCAUCCCCCCAAACCGUGCGGUUUUUAUGAGGCCAGUCACUCAGUCGUCCAAACCGGCAUCUAUCUCACCCACGCCAUUUCCUGCCUUUAAACUUUAAAGAGCAUCCCGCUGGCCCGGCCGUUCUCCACGCAGUACUACAACGACUCGACGACGCGGUUCUUCACAAAGUCCUAACAAACAACCAAACGGCUAUCCAAAUUUCCAACCUUUUCAACUCCCAACUCUUUCCCUCGAGACUCUCGCUUUUCGGCAGCGCCCAAUUGACCGCCGCCGGAAUCUCUUUCCCCACAGCUCUCCCUCUCCUCUCCCUUCUUUACCAUCGAAGCCGGCUUCCGCUUCCGGCUGCUUUCUGCUGCUCCGUCUCCUCGUCCUCCGCCUCUUCCUAACAACUGUGAACAGGUGAAAAUUCAGCUUUACUCUCUCCGUAGGAAUGUUAGGGUUUUUUUAGCUUCCCACCGAUCAUUUAUCUCCUUCGUUGUUCGAUCGAGAAGAUUCUUGCGUUUACGUGUUUUAGGAAUUUGCUUUAUGUUGACCCUUGAGUUCUGGAUCCUUUGUUCGUCUCUCAGACUGAAAGAUAUCAGAUCAAAUAGCUUCCUCUGUGUUCCCUAUUUUGAGCUGUUCUUCAAUCUGUACAAAUUCUAUGUUUGACUGGUUUCCGAUUGGGAAGAUUACUGCUUCAUUUUCUUUGACUGGGUUCGUGAUUUAUCCGUUUUUUGUUUUUGCCGAUUGAUCGAGAUUCCGAGGCUGACAAAUUAUAGUCCAUUACAGUUUGAUUGAUAUGAUACCCUUUUUGUUUUUAUCAAAGAGUUCGUUGAGUAAGCGACAGAAUCUUGCGUUUGUCUUCUUUCUUUCUUUCUUUCUUGUUAAUGACGAUUAUCUGGGCACGUCCAAUAUGUAUAACUAUCUCUUUAGCCCGUCAUUUGGAGGUGUGAUUUUGAUUUGGUCAUCUGUUUAAUUGUGGUCAUUUCUGAUAUCCGGGUUUUUCUGGGUAAACAGGUAUACUUGCCGCCUUUCGAAAGAUCUGCUGCAAUGCCUUCUGCCGUCUCCCCUCAGUGGCAAGAAAAGGCCACUGUUUUCUUCUCCACUUCAGGUGUAAAACUCAAAGAAGCUGGGAACUCGGCAGGAACAUUUGUUGGGGAAGUUGCAAAGGAUGCUAAAGGUAAUGUUGCUGAUGCUGCGGAACGUGUUGGAUCGGCUGUGAAAAGUCGAUGGGCAAUUCUGAAGGAGCCAUCAACCAGGCAUAUCCUCCAAGAACGUUUUAUUACUGCUGCUGCUACAACUGGCAUGUUCUUAAGAAAGGGCUUCUCCGAGACAAAGGAUAAAGUUUCUGUUGGGAAGACUAAAGUUGAAGAGGUAGCCAAGAAAACUGCUCAGAAAAGCAAGGUCAUCUUGACUGACAUUGAAAGAUGGCAAAAGGGAGUUGCAAGUACUGAUGUUUUUGGGGUUCCCAUAGAGCUAACUGUACAGCGACAACAAUAUAGUAGGCCCGUCCCCAUUGUUUUAUUGAAGUGUGCAGAUUAUCUCAUUUUAUCAGGGUUAAACUCUGUUCACUUGUUUAAAGAUGAAGGGGAAAAAGUUACUGUCCAGCAUCUGGUUUCACUGUUCAACCAAGAUUUUGAUGCUUCACUGCCUGAUGGCAUUAAUCCCAUCGAUGUGGCAUUUCUAAUGAAAUGUUAUCUGGCAAGUCUUCCUGAGCCCCUAACCACCUUUGAGCACUAUGAUGCCAUUAAAGGUGCGCGAUCUAACAUACAUGCAAUGAGAAAUAUCCUCAAGAGGCUUCCUACUGUAAAUUACAUGACACUGGAGUUCGUCACUGCGCUGUUUCUCCGUGUUAGUCAGAAAUCACUUCUCAACAAGAUGGAUGCUAGAAGCCUUGCCAUGGAAAUGGCCCCUGUUGUGAUGUGGCGGAAAGAGCAGAGACCAGAAUCUUAUAGGCAAUACUGGAAUUCCAUGUUCAGAAAUUCGUCCAAGACCGACGGCACAGAUGGAAAACCUACACUCACUGAAUGGGACCUGCUCUCUGAAGAAGGUGAAGAAAUGGAAGUCUCCUCAGCCAUUCCACUGGAUGACGGUGCACCGGUGGACUUUGGUGCUAUUGAAGUUAUACAGUGCCUCAUUGAGCAACACAACUCCAUUUUCACGGACGCAAAUGAAACGGUUUGGAGAUAAGGCGGGAGCAAGGAAAGGAUCCUUUGUGUUCUUGAAUUCUCUGAUUUGCAGUUUCCAGAUGCCUGCUUCUGAUCUGCUUGUAAAUGCCAGCAUUUUAUAGAUUUUGUGUGUCCAUAAUAUGUUUUAGAAGGGGGAAGCAUUUGGACGUUGCAUCGACAGGUUUUGGUUUGUUUCAAAUUCAAGGAUUGAAAAACCGUAUCAAUGGUCAACUAGAAAAAAAAAAUCACCUAUCGAAGGUUGAAUCGAAAUGCAAAAUUUAGCGGUAUGGAAUGGUCGGACCACGGUUUAAGCAUAAAAUCUCCUAUCGUUGACUUUUCCGGUACAACCUUCGAUACGGUUUUACAAUCCUUGGUUUGUUUUGUUGGGUGAAGUAUGUUGUGAUUCCCGAAUAUCGGUUGCUAUAGAAACAUGAUUCUUGUAAGUUGUAGUUGUGGUCCUUCCCGUUUUCCUUUUUUUCAGAUUUUUUCCCCAACGUACUCAUUGCUAUAAGUAAUUCGCAUCAUACAACUACACAUGUUUGGAUUUGGACCAGAUCAUUCGAGACUAAAGAGAUGAUGAACUGCUUCCGUUGAAAGCAAUCAAACACGCUGAUCGAAUGUGUCUAAAGCGAUUUUCAUUGUAGGUAAAAUCUCCAGGCACACGACGUUGGAGGUGGAGUUUGAACUUCAACAAGGAUGGAAUGCUCGACAGACGGAGGAAGAUCUGCUGCUGCUGCUUCCUCUAUCCGAUAAGCAUUCCGUCCUCGUUGACAUAUGAACUACUCAACGUUUAAAUUUUUUUAGUUGACUAUCACUUAGAACUACUUUAACGUCCUCGUUGACAUAUGAACUACUCAACGAUUAAAUUUUUUUAGUUUACUAUCACUUAGAACUACUUUAACGAAGAUGGACAAUCCGUACCCAACAAGGAGUAUAGUCAAUUACUAGUAUGAAAAGAAAAUUACAAGCGAAAAAGUGAAAUAAAUUGAGUUGAGGUAACAAAAUUUAUUGACAAAAAUGAAACAAAAUUAGUAACGACUAACGAGGAGUCGAGGACCAAAUCUUAUAAUUUAUUUGAAAUUAAUUAAGCAAAAUAUUCCAG